AUGUAUUUGUUUUAUAAUAAGCUUCGUAUUGUAAUACAAAUGACAGUAUCCAUGCGGUCUGUGAAGAGCCUUGUGCGUUCUUUUUGUAGUUUAUCGCGCUGCAGUAAAAUUUCAAUAAAUCAUGUCGACCGAACUUUAGAGAAAAAAUACACUGCCGUCAAAAUUAUGAAGGCGCCACCUAUCAGGUAUGGGUCAUACCUAAACAGUAAGCCUGCGGCUGAUGUCGUGGAACUGCCUGAAUUUGAAGUAUCCAAGUCUCCUGAUGAAUGGAAGUAUGUUGAAAGACUCCUGCCUCUCAAGACCGUGCCAAAGCCGAAACCGAAAACUGAAUAUCCAUCAGGAUGGAAACCACAGUCAGAAGCAGCCAAAGACCUGCCAUAUUUUAUCAAGCGGAACAAGAACCACAUGGUUCCAGUCUAUCUGUACAGAGGCCAUCUAGGACAUGUCAGGAUAACCCAAGUGAAACACAUACAAGGAGAUAUCUGGGCUCUUGGAGAGGAGUUGAAAUCAUUCUUAGCCAAGGAAAACAACAAGCUUAUACAAAUCCAGGUGCAAGAAGUGUAUGGACACAUAAACAUCAGGGGUGAUUACGUGACACAGGUUUACAACUGGCUACUAAAUAAAGGCUUUUGAUGGUCACAUUAGUUGUGUGUAUUAUUGUUCAUGUAUGGAACAUUUUAUUAAUAAAUUGUGGCAAUAAAUGAA